UGUGUAUAGAAGUUUUCAUUUACGUCUCAUCACUUGCAGUUGCAGAAUAAUUGUAAUGGGACAACUUUGUUAUCUUCUGAAAGAUCAUCAACAACAAAAAACUAAUUUUAGGCAAGUGUUGCUGAAACUCUGUGAUACGGAUUUUUCGGCACAAUUUGCAUGUGGUAGGUGAAGUAUGCCACGAGACAAUCUCUUGUUUGGAGUAGGCCUAUUCCCAAAUGGCCUUUUUAAUAACAACAUGCCUAGAAACAACAUGAAUGGUACAGGACCCACUCUGCUAAAUAACAACAAUCCAAAUUAUGUGAAUGCAAACCAGUUGGCUACAGUGAGAGAUAGAAUGUUUCACGCUAUUUUUCAUCGAAUGGCUGUGGCAUAUGCCAGGACAUUUCCAAAACCUAUCAGAAGGCUCCUGGAGUGGCUCUUCCUUUUAAAGGCUUUAGCUGCUUUCCUAAUGCUCCUGUACAUACACAUCAUUUUUUCACGAUCCCCCAUUACUUGUCUGGAUCACAUUAAAGCUGACUGGCCACGAGAUGGCAUUGUAAGAAUUGACAUUACCCGAAGUGGAGAUUAUAAUCAUCCAGACAGAGAGGAUUACUCAUUACAUCAUUCUUAUGCGAAAGAGCAAAGGAUACAUCAAAGAGAACAAUUUGAAUAUCAAGCCAUGUUUGGGUUCUGGACUGGGCCACAGAGUUCCUCCUCUGAAUCCAUAGAAACCGAAUCAGCACUUGAAGAGACGGAAUCAACGUCGACAGAAAUCUACUAUAAUGAAACUUUGAAGAGCAAUAUCACGAAUUUGGGAAACGAACAAAUUGAAACUGUGCUCCCCACAGAGGUGACGGAGCUCGACAAAAUCAUAAAAGCCACAGUGUGGCCACCGGAAGAGUAUAUAGUCGAGUUUUCUUUGGAAUACGGGUUUUUGCGUUUAAGUCCUGCCACGCGACGGAAAUUGAAUAUAACUAUAUUGCUGGUAACGCUGGAUCCUGUCAAUAAUAGUUGCUUCGGUGACAGUUUUGGCCGGUUUUUACUUGACGAAUUCCUCGGUUACAACGACUUUAUCAUGGGAGCGGUCAAGGCUUUGGCUGAAGCAGAAGACAGUCAGGGAUAUCUAAGAAACGUAGUGACAGGUGAACAUUACCGCUUUGUCAAUAUGUGGAUGGCUCGCACCUCGUACAUCGCUUCCGCCUUCGCCAUGGUGAUUUUUACCCUGUCAAUAUCGAUGUUGUUGCGGUAUUCACGGAAUCAGAUCUUCAUUUUUAUUGUCGACUUGCUGCAGAUGCUGGAGUUCAACGUGAACGUCACAUUUCCGGUAGCUUCCUUUUUCACCGUCAUCCUGGCAUUAGUUGGAAUGGAAGCUAUCAUGGCCGAGUUCUUCAACGACAGUUCCACCGCCUUUUAUGUCAUCAUCUUCGUCUGGGUGGCAGAUCAGUACGAUGCAGUCUGCUGCCACACUGCUGUUACAAAACGUCACUGGCUUAGAUUUUUCUACUUGUAUCACUACGCGUUUUACGCCUACCAUUACCGCUUCAACGGACAGUAUAGCGGACUGGCCUUGGUGACAUCGUGGCUCUUCACGCAGCAUUCAAUGCUCUACUUCUUCCAUCAUUACGAGUUGCCGUUGAUCCUCCGUCAGUUCCAACUGCAAAACAUGUUGAUCCGGACUAGCAACAGCUCGUCCCCUGGCGGCUCUUCGAGUACAGCAACAGCCGCGUCGGCUCCAACAGUUGAUGACGGCGUCAUGGAACGGAACACAGAAAGCGUAUCGGAAGUGGAAAGCGAGGCUGCGGUCGAUUUUGAGACGAUCGACCGUGAUUCUGACUCACAACCAUCCGAAACCCCCUCUGACGAUUCGGAAAUGGAAUCCAUUGUAGAUGGAGCGCCCGCGGAUGUCGAUCCCCCGUCCAGCAGUGGAGAUGGCAUUAGUAGCAGCAGCAGUAGUAGUAGUAGUAGUAGUAGUAUCACCACCACCACCACCACCACCACUACGACGACGACAGCCACUGGCACGACCACCGGUGGCGUAGAAACACUGCCAACGACCCUACAUCCGUUAGAUUCGCCUAAUGCCCGACAUCCUCUCCGUGAUCUAUCGUUUUCAUUGCUGCGAUAAAUCUAUUUUUAGCUAAUAAAAUACCCAUCUUAUUGAACACAACCGAGAACGGUUGUGUGCGAAUGAACUAUUGUACAAGCCUGUCCUUACUUUUAUUUUCCCUUUUUUGUUUUUUGGUUUUUUUUUUGUUUUUGUUUUUUUUUUUUUGUUUGGCAGUCAUUUUUUUUUUCUCUCUCUUUUCAGUCGUCUGUGAUUGGCAGGUGGUGGUUUCUCAGCAGCUCACUCACUAGCCAAUAAAAAAAUAUCUAUCAAUAACGGAAAAGAUUUGCUGAUGCUAAGUAGUCCGUUUCUAAAGACACAACUGCGUAAGAGACUCUUAAGUAAAAUCCUAUAGCCGAAUAGACCGCUAGCCUCAUACGACCUAUAAAGUUGGUGUACGUGUCAUGAGUAACCAUCACUUGUUUCCAUGCGAACGAAUUCCCAGUUGAUAUAGCUAUCAGUUGCCGCCAAUAACCAGCUAUUAAUUGCGUGGAUUUCUUUUUUGUAGUGUCAUUAUAUAGUAUCAAAAGUAAGGUCACGUGUGGUGGAACGGAAAUAAGAUUCCUAUCAAGUUAUCAUGAUUCUUCAUUCACUGUUUGAGGUUACAAUUCAAACCCUCUUUUUUUUUUUUCCAUCAAACUAUGUACAGUACAGCAUACUGGAGAAGAAAAAUGUAUGGCUAAUGGAAAUUGA